GAAACAUCUGUUGCAUUUAUUCACUGUUCUCAACUGUUAAUUGGCCGAAUAUAGAUGUUAAUUGGUUAUUCUGAUCAGAAAAGAUCAACCGUUACUAAAAAGUCGGUACAAAGCCAAACAUGUUGAAGCACAAAGUAUUUUACUCCCGACUCCAUUCGGCCCCGCCUUUAUCCUCCAUACCCUCUCUGCUCAUAUCCUUAACCGUUCGCAUCGUAAGUCUACCUCUCUUUGUUGUCCGUCGCACCUAUACCUCUUGUUCCAACUUUUACGAUACGCUUCUGAAAUCGCCUCUCUUGGGGAUUUUCUUGGGCAUCUGCCAAUGCAUUUGCACGGCGUUUGCCUCCUUACUUAUAGCCAGGGUUAGAACUGUGAAUCCUCUUCAAAUUGCCAACAUUCGUAUGAUAGUUCAAUUGCUUCUCACGCUGCCGGCCCUCAUAUUUUACUCCACGGAAUUGAUUCCUUACCGGAACACCCACCACCGCAAACUUUUAUUCCCCUUAUACAUUCGUUGCAUAGCGGGAACCGUCGGAAUCACGUGUCUGACGUUCGCGCUUGUUUAUGCCCCUAUCUCGGAUGCUAGCACGAUAUCCUACACCUCUCCCGUAUACGUGGCAAUAUUAGCCCGCAUUUUUCUGGGGGAACGAAUAGCUGUCGCCGAUGCCGGCCUUUUAGCUUUAGCUUUGACGGGGGUGGUUUUUGUUACGCGACCCGCUUUUUUAUUCAGGGGCUCGGGUAAAAACGGACUCGACGAUCUGAAUGUCGUAGUUUCCCCCAUGUAUAACCAGCAGAAUUUGAAUGGCUUGAAGGAUCCGAGCCACCUCAUUGAUCUGGACAAUAUGGACCAUGGUAAUAUGGCUCGAAUCAAGGGGUUCAUCGAUGACAAAUAUAGCUACCCGAACAACUUUUCAUCCCUUUACAACAACAAUCAUAGCAAACCAUACAAUAUUAACGAUAACAAUAUCAAUUUUUUUAACCAGAAGAGAGCCGCACCGCGGACAGAGGCGGUAGUCAGGGAAUACCCAAAACGAGUUUUGGGGCUGAUUUUUGCGGCCAUCUCAUCCGUACUGACGGCCGUAGCCAUGGUCACCAUAAGGAAAAUUAACAAACUACCCUUUUCCACCGUCAUCGUAAAUUUUUCCGCGGUGGGGGUCAUCGGCACGGCAUCCCUUUGCGCCAUCUUGGGACACUAUUCUUUACCGGACUGUUUGCCCUCUAAUUAUUAUGCCGGUCGAAAUUUUAUGGGGAUCCGGGAAUUUGGUCCCUUUUCUUACGAGCGCUAUUUCAUAUUGGGUUCCGCCUUCUUAGGUACCCUUGGCCAAUUAUUUCUAUUCCUGGCUCUGAGAAUCGAAAACGCUGGAGUUAUAGCGGCCGUUAAUAGCCUAACCAUAGUAUUUACCAUAUUGUUACAAAUCGUGUUUCAGCGCAAAAUACCUCCUUGGACAAGCUUCUUGGGAUCGGUUAUCAUAAUAAUAGCUAUCUGCCUGUUCGGGUACAGAAAAUGGGUAAAAGAAAAAGCCAAGGCCGAAGAAAGAUUGCGAAAGCUUUCAUUUGAACGAAAGGGAUCUACGACUCAUUCUCAUCACUCGAUGGAAACCGCGGGAACUCCGAAGCGACUUCCUAGCAUCGAUGUAACUGACUCGGCCUAUAACACGAUUUUUAAGAUUGCCGACGAAAGAACUCCCCUGAGCAUAACGGCCCAAUUCGAAAUCGAAGAGGAAGAAAACGCGAAUAGAGUUGACUGUGUCGAGGAUCUCGUAGAUUCAUGUAGUAACAACUUGAGUAGAUCCAAAAGCUUCGGUCUUUUUCCUCCCGAAAAACCGGAUGAACAACAGUUAUCUACGAAUACCGUUAUAGUUGCUCAUUUGUGAAAAAAUCUUACAGAAGAUAUUUUUUAAAAUAGAGUAUUAUGUAAAAAAUUUGGUCUCAACCAAAUUUCUUCAGAUCCUGUCAUAAUAGUAAUGACAUAUUACUUUUGAUGUGUUAUUUGUUGUUGUAAAGCAGUAUUAUUACAUUCUAUC